AUGAAACAUUAUAAACUUUAAAAAAGAUGUACACAUAUUCCAACAAAAAAAAUAUAACCGAAGUUACUAAAAUAAAUAAAUGAAGAAAGAAACGAAACUACUAAAGAAAGUUCUUAAAAAACAUUUGUAAAAACUCUAAAAAAUACAAAUAAAUUAAUAGAAAUGAAUACUCUUAAAAAAAGACCAAACUCUCCGAUUGAUUCUAUGCUAAUUACUUCAAAUAAUAAUAAUUUUUUACCUCUAAAAGUUGGAAUAGUGAAAGUUGGAAGAAAUUAAAACCACUUAAAUAUAAAUAAUUUUAAAUUAGGGGAUUAAAAAAUAAAUAUAUUUUGUGAAGGAUUAAAUAAACUAAAAAGUAUUGAUAUUUUAAAUUGUAAGGAUAACAAUUUAUCAGAAAUAGGAAUGAAUAAAUUAAUAGAAAGUUUUGAUAUAUCAACUAAAUAAAUAGACUUUUCAUAAAAUUCUAUUUCAUUACUUAACAUAUAAUAAUUUUUAGAAAAAUAUGAUAAUUUUUAAUUUAACCUAUAAGUGUUAAAACUUGAAAAAACCCAUUUAUCUGAUUAAUCAGUAGAUUUAUUAUGUACAGGAUUGUAAUUUAUAAAAUCUCUCAGAAUACUGAACCUUUCGAAUAAUUAUAUAGGAAAUAGAAGUUGUUAUAGUAUUGAAUAAAUGAUAUAAAAUAUAGAAAAUCUCCGAGAAUUAUAUAUAAAUACAAACGAAAUAUAAGGAGAAGGCGGAGCAUUAAUAAUAGACGCUUGUCGAAUAAGCCAAAAUGUGAAAGUAUUAGAUUUAUCAGAUAAUUUUUUGGGUAAAAGUAAUAAAAAUACCAAAAGUUAAUUUGGAGAAAGCUUAAAUAAAUUGUUUCGUGAAAAUAAUGAAAAAAGCAUAAUUCAUUUAGAUUUGAGAAAUAACAAUUUUCAAAUUGAAGACUGCCUUAUUUUUUCAAAUUAAAUAAAAAAUAAUAAUUCAAUAAUAGGCUUUCAUUUUGAUGGGCAUUAAUGUUUUGUAAAUUCUGAAGGAUUUAUAAAUUAGCUUUAUGCCAAAGAUCUUCAAAAAUAUAAUCCUUAAAGUUUUCUUAAUAAAAGAAUUGAUGGAUGCAGGUUCAAGAACUAUAAUAUUAAUAUAUUUUAAGUUGAAUAAGACCUCAACUUUAGAAAUGGAGAUAAUUGUUGGAUUUGUGAAGGAUGGAUAGAACACACUUUUUAUUUUAAAAAUAAUGAUUUUUAAUUAAAAGUUAUAUAUAUUCAUAUUGAAGUUGAUGAAUACAAAGCAGCUAAAAUGAACAAAGGGGAUGGAUUUUUUUUUCUAAAAAAAAUGAUUCCAAGUAAAUGCUUAAUUAAAUUUUUCUUUACUUUUGAUGGAUUAUUUAAAUACACAAUAGAUAAUAAAAUUUAAAGCGAUUAUUUUUCUCAAAUUGACAAUCUUAUAUUUUUUGAAAAUGAACAAAAAACAAUUCAAAUAAAAGAGUUUAACUUCAUUUAAUAUAAUAAAUAUGAAAAAAUAAUAGAUACUUAAGAUGAUUAUAAUCCAUUAAUUUAAUUACGACCACGAAUAUUUUAUUAAAGACUAUAUAAUACACAAUAAGAUAUAAAAUAAGAAUGGAAUCUUAAAUAUUCUUUAUUUAAAGAUUUCAAAUUUGAUAGUGAAGAUUUAUUUAUAAAAUGUUUUGAAAUUGAUUGGGAGUGUUCCAAAAUAAACUAAAUAGUUAAAACAGAAACAUAAUUAUAAAAAAUAAAGAUUAUUUUAAAAGGAGUUUAUCCCUAUAUUUAUAAUACAUAUAGAUAUUUAUCUUCAUAUGGUUCGAUAAUGGAUGUUCCUUGUAUAUAAUUUAAUAACUUUAACGAUUUCAUAAAUGAGACAUAAAUAAUAGAUAAUGUAAACUUGAAGAUAAGAGAUUUAGAUUUUAAAUUUGUAGUAACUAAUUCAAGUACAAAAUUCAAAAAAAAUAAUCGAAAUCCCGAUAAAGGUUUAAUAAGAUACUAAUUUAUGGAAAUAAUAGUAAGAUUAAGUGAUGAUAAAUAUAUAAGAAAUAAAAUUUUUAACGAUUAAGUUGAAGCCUUAAAUGCCUUUUUGGAUGACGGCUAUUUAAAAGCACUUUAAAAAUUACCUAUGAUUUAAUAAUGGAGGAAUGAUUAUUUAUGGAAUGAAAAAUGUGAUUUUUGUCUAAAAAAUUACUUAAAAAUACUUAAAAAUGUAUAUGAUGUUUACUCAGAUACAUCAAUAACUUAAAAACAAUAUAAAAGUUAAAAAUAUAUUUCAGCUUAAUAGUUUAGAAAAAUAUGCAUUGAUUGUAAUUUUAUUAAUGAUUAAUUUAUUGAAAGAGAAGUUAAUUUGAUUUUUAAUUUAAGUAUGAUAACAUAAGUAGAUGAAAUAAAUUGUGAUAAGCAUUUCUAAAUGUGUUUUUAAGAAUUUAUAGAAGCUAUAUCUAGGUUAGCUGAUAGAAUAAUUAAUUUUAAAUUAAAAAAACUUAUCGAUGAUUGGGAUAUGAUUGAAUAUAAUGAAUU